AUGGCUCACCCAGCGCAUUCCGACAGCAACAAACAUGAGGAGGGCGACGGUGGUCUGGCAAAAUCUCUGGAACGCUUGACCAUCGGCCCUACCGGCACCCCUCCCGCCUCCCGACCUGCCGCUCCCAGCCCGCUCAAGCCUGUCGCCGACAAGUCACCCAUCUCGCCACGCCCGGGAAGCGCCAUGCGCAGCCCUCUCCGCAGCGCUUCUGCUUCUACCGUCCCGUCGACCCGUUCAGCUUCGCCCGCCUUGCUGCGGAAGGCAUCCAUGAACUCGCUGCAUUCCGCCAACGGCGUCACCCCGUCCCGUCGCUCCAGCUCAGCCAACAUCUUGUCGCCCAGCAAACCCAGAUCUGGCAGGUCGCCUCUCAGGAGCGUGUCUCCCGAACCGCCCCCGAGGCCCGUUCCAACACCUCAAUCCGUCGCAAGCGCCCACUUCAAGGCCGAGCUGGAGGCCCAUCACGGGCCCGAGCCGACCCGCCGCAGCGAGACUGUCGUUAUCCUUCAAGACGCCUGUUACGGGCAUCGCUUCUCCCGUCCUCGCACAUCUCGCGCACAACUCAGCACCAUUUUCGAGCGGCCCGAGAGGAUAAAGGCCUGCGUCUUGGGCGUUUCUGCGGCGUAUGUACGGCUGGGUGAGCGACAUCAGGACGGAGCCUUUCCCCCACAGUCCGAAACCGACGCCGCCUCCUUGCCCUCGAUACCCUUCCGGAUUCGGAAGUCGACCAGGCGGCUGUCUUUGGGUUCCCAAACCGUGACCAACGUGCACGGCACAAAAUGGAUGGAGGAGCUGAAGUUGAUGUGCGAGACAGCCGAGGCGAAGCUGGCCGGCGGCAACAGAGAGCUCCAGCGGCCGGAUAUCGAUCGCGGUCCGAACGCAGAUCCGCCCCAGAAACUCCACGAGGGCGACCUCUACCUGUGCUCUGAAUCCCUGAACGCCAUGGAGGGGGCGCUGGGCGGUGUGUGCGACGCCGUCGAUGCAGUAUUCGAGACCAACGGACCGCAGCGCGCGUUUGUCGCCAUCCGGCCCCCCGGUCACCACUGCUCUGCGUCUCACCCGUCGGGCUUUUGCUGGAUCAACAACGUCCACGUCGGCAUCAUGCAUGCCGUCCUUAGCCACGGCUUGACCCAUGCUGCGAUCGUCGACUUUGAUCUGCACCACGGCGACGGCUCGCAGUCCAUUGCUUGGCAGCACAACGCGCGGGGCGUUGGCCUCGCCAAGAACGCAGCUUGGUGGAAGAAGACAUCAAUCGGCUACUUCAGCCUCCACGACAUUAACUCUUAUCCAUGCGAAACGGGCGAUGAGGACAAGGUUAGGAACGCAAGUAUCUGCAUCGACAAUGCGCAUGGCCAGAGCAUAUGGAACGUCCACCUGCAGCCUUGGAAAACUGAGGCCGAUUUCUGGGCCUUGUAUGAGUCCAAGUAUGCAGUUCUGCUCGAAAAGACGCGCGCUUACCUCAGGAAUCACACCGAGAGGCUGCGGGCCUCGGGUCUGAACUCGAGAGCCGCCAUCUUUAUCUCGGCGGGCUUUGAUGCGAGCGAACAUGAGGAUCCCGCGAUGCAACGGCACAACGUCAACGUGCCGACCGAGUUCUACGCACGCUUCACCCGCGACCUGGUCCGCAUUGCGGCAGAAGAAGGGACGAGCGCGGAAGGCCGCAUUAUCAGCGUCCUCGAGGGCGGAUACAGCGACCGUGCGCUCUGCUCCGGCGUGUUCAGCCACCUCUGCGGUCUCGCCGGAGAUGGGCCGUGCAACAGGGACCAAGAGUCCAGUGGCUACGAAGCGGUCCAGAAGGCUGUCCAGCAGCGUGCGCGGAAAGACUCGACUGCGAGCGAGCGGGGUGCGCGGCGCUACGAGUCGUCGUGGUGGUCCCUUUCCGAGCUUGAACUGCUGGAAGAAACUCUCCGUAAACCCCCGCCGGUGCCGAAACUCAUUAGCAACUCGCCGCCGCCAACGUACUCCUCGCCGACCGUGUCAUCACAGGCCAAGGUUGUGACCCCGAAGAAUCGGCGGAGCGUGUCCGGGCUGUCGUCGGCCUCGAGCAAUAAUAGUACACCGAAGGUCUCAUACGAGCGGCUACCUCCCACAGACGUCCCCUGGACCAUCGCGACUCAGGAGCUGAGUAAGCUUCUCAUACCAAGUGGGCGUCAGACCACCAGCUGCACGGCCGAGGAGCUCAAUGCGGAGGCCACCCGCAUUCGGCGCGAACGUCAGGCCGCAAUCGCUGCGUCAGUCCCUGCGAUCGCCACUCCAGCAGCGGAGGAUCGUCCCUCCACGAGAAUGGGGCUGAGGGAGCGGAAAACGAAGCCGACCUACGUUUUCGACGACGAGUUUGAUCACAAGAGCAGACGGAAGACCGUCGCGGGGCCGGCCGUCCUCGCUACCGAGGCAGCGUCCCGGGGGCCGACUCCCAUGCCGGGGAAGCAGUCGAGAGCAUCACGGCGCCUUAGUGCGGCGUCGACCGUCGUGUCUUCCGAAGGCACGGAUUCCAUCGCCUCGGAGCCAGUAGCUCCGCGACCCGCGCCGGUUCAGGGCGACGCCAAGGCGGACAUCACCAGCAAGGCCGAAGCCGCGACGACCGUGGCGGGCGCUAGCGGCAGCAGUCUCAAUGUGAAAAAGACGCGGGCUCCGAAGAAAGAGCCGGCUCCGCGAGCUCCACGGGCGCCAAAGAAGCAGCCUGCGGCGGCAAAUGGAGCGCCGCGGCAAACGGCUCCCGCUGCAACGGCGACUUCUGCCGGCGCGCCGACCCAAAAGGCCGGCGAUGAGGUUGACAAGCUGGCCGGCGAGAUGAAGAAGAUCAAAAUCACGGUGGUCACCAAAGCGCAGAAGGAGGCCCGCGAAAGGGAGCGUGCGGCGAGGGAGAAGCUCGCAAACGCAGAGGCUGUAUCAGUGCCGCCAUCACCGGCCAAGGGAGACCCUCUCCCGCAGCCUGCCCCCGAAUCCGCCCAAACCUCCUCCAACGCCGUGCACCUCCCCUCGCCAACUCCAUCUCCAACGCCACAGCAGCCACAAGUCCAAACCUCACUCGACCCCUCAACUCCCUCUCUUAAAGAAGCCGUCAAGACCCCGACUACCACCACCGCCACAGGCUCCCUCGCCUCCCCGCCCACCACCGACCCGCGCCAUGUUUCCCUCCCAGCAAGCUCGCCCCCGCCACCAUCAUCAUCGGAACCAACACACCCACAACCCGGCUUGACCAGCCCCGUCCAGCAGCACCCACCUCCUCCACCGCAAGAUAACUUCAUCCCUUACCAACCCGACGGCCCGCCCCCGACAUCAGUGCCCAACCACCAGCAGCAGCAGCCGCCGCCGCCGCUGCAGUGGCUCCCGCCCAACGUGUCUGCCACGCCGCUGCAGUCGCCCGCUAAGAGGGCCGAUCUGCCCGUGUUUACCAGCACCAGUGUCAUACCCUUCGCGCCGAGGGGUGCUGCUUCCGCCGCCGGCGGCGGGGCUGCUGCUACUCCCAGUGGUGGUGGUGGUGGUGGUGCUGGGGCUGCUGGGAAUGGGAUGGUGGGGGCUGAGCGUCGUGAAAGCGCAGGUGCUGUGGGGAAGGGGAAGGGGGCCGGCGAGGAGCGGGGUGCCUGA